AUGGGAGACUUCGGGAAUUAUGUUGCUGUCUCUAAACCAGGUGGACGGGUGAAAUGUCAGUAUAUUUCUGCUGUGGAUAAAGUGAUCUUUGUGGAUGAUUAUGCAGUAGGAUGUAGGAAAGAUCUCAAUGGGAUCUUAUUGUUAGACACAGCUCUUCAAACACCUGUUUCAAAACAAGAUGACGUGGUUCAGCUUGAAUUGCCGGUUACAGAGGCUCAGCAGCUGCUAUCUGCUUGUGUAGAAAAAGUAGAUGUUUCUAGCACAGAGGGAUAUGACUUAUUCAUCACACAACUGAAGGAUGGUUUAAAAAAUACCUCACAUGAAACAGCAGCAAAUCAUAAAGUUGCUAAGUGGGCAACGGUUACGUUCCACCUUCCUCAUCAUGUUUUGAAGUCUGUCGCCAGUGCCAUUGUAAAUGAACUCAAGAAGAUAAAUCAAAAUAUUGCUGCCUUACCUGUAGCAUCCUCUGUGAUGGAUAGGUUAUCUUACCUCUUACCCAGCGCACGACCUGAACUUGGUGUGGGACCUGGUCGAUCCGUGGACAGGUCUUUGAUGUAUAGUGAAGCUAACAGACGGGAGACAUUCACCUCAUGGCCUCACGUGGGUUAUAGGUGGGCACAGCCAGAUCCUAUGGCUCAGGCUGGGUUCUAUCACCAGCCUGCUUCAUCAGGAGAUGAUAGAGCUAUGUGCUUUACCUGUAGUGUGUGUUUGGUAUGCUGGGAGCCUACAGAUGAACCAUGGUCUGAACACGAGAGACAUUCCCCAAACUGCCCUUUUGUCAAGGGUGAGCACACUCAGAAUGUACCUCUUUCAGUCACACUGGCAACAAGUCCAGCACAAUUUCCCUGCACAGAUGGCACUGACAGAAUAGCCUGCUUUGGAUCUGGAAGUUGCCCUCAUUUCCUAGCUGCUGCAACAAAACGAGGAAAGAUCUGCAUAUGGGAUGUUUCCAAACUUAUGAAGGUCCACUUAAAAUUUGAGAUAAAUGCGUAUGACCCAGUUAUUGUGCAGCAGCUUAUGUUAUCAGGAGAACAGAGCUCAGGGGUUGACUCAAGGAGACCAACACUAGCAUGGCUAGAAGAUUCAUCUAGCUGCUCAGAUAUACCAAAAUUAGAAGGAGACAGUGAUGAUCUAUUGGAGGAUUCAGACAGUGAGGAGCAUUCCAGAUCAGAAUCUGUGACAGGGCAUACCUCGCAAAAGGAAACUAUGGAAGUCAGCCUUGAUAUAACAGCUCUCAGCAUUCUUCAGCAGCCUGAGAAACUUCAAUGGGAAAUUGUGGCAAAUGUCCUGGAAGACACGGUUAAAGAUUUGGAAGAACUUGGGGCAAAUCCAUGUUUGGCCAACUGUAAGAGUGAAAAGAUGAAGGAAAAACAUCUAGAACAACACAACAUUCCCUUUCCUUGUUUAUUAGCUGGGGGUCUAUUAACAUACAAAUCACCCGCUACCUCUCCUGUUAGCAGUAACUCUCAGAGGUCUCUGGAUGACUUAAGCAGGACUCGAGGUGAGAGUGUCUCGGAGCAGGGAUCUACUGACAAUGAAUCCUGCACUAAUUCAGAACUGAAUUCGCCUCUGGUACGGAGGACUUUACCUGUUUUGCUGCUAUACAGCAUUAAGGAGUCUGAUGAAAAAGCAGGAAAACUCUUUUCACAAAUGAACAAUAUUGUGAGUAAAAGUAUCCAUGAUGAUGGUUUCACCGUUCCACAGAUCAUUGAGAUGGAGCUGGACAGUCAGGAGCAGCUGCUGUUGCAGGAUCCCCCUGUGACUUACAUCCAGCAGUUUGCAGAUGCAGCAGCCAACCUAACUUCUCCGGACUCGGACAAGUGGAGCUCUAUGGUUCCCAAACCUGGGACUUUGGUUCAGUGCCUGCGUCUGCCAAAGUUUGCAGAGGAGGAGAACCUGUGUGUAGACUCGAUCACUCCUUGUGCAGAUGGAGUUCAUUUGUUAGUAGGACUGCGGACUUGCCCUGUUGAAUCUCUGAGUGCAAUAAAUCAAGUAGAGGCCUUGAAUAAUUUAAAUAAAUUAAACUCGGCACUAUGUAGUAGAAGAAAAGGUGAACUAGAAUCAAGUCUUGCUGUGGUGAAUGGCACGAGUAUCGAUGUCAUCCAGCACGAGUCACCAGCCGACGUACCAACUCCUUUGAUAAUUCAGCCUGAGCAGAGAAGUGUUAGUGGUGGAUACCUCGUGCUUUAUAAGAUGAAUUAUGCCACUAGAAUAGUUACCCUGGAGGAGGAACCAGUAAAAAUCCAGCAUAUCAAAGACCCCCAAGACACAAUUACCUCAAUGAUUUUGCUCCCACCAGAUAUAUUGGAUAAUCGAGAGGAUGACUGUGAGGAGCCUGUGGAGGAACUGCAAUUGACUUCUAAAAAUGGCAGUGGGAGAGAGAGAAGAUCGGAGAUCUCUACUCUUGGGCACCUGGUAAUAACUACUCAGGGAGGAUAUGUAAAAAUACUAGAUCUUUCAAACUUUGAAAUUCUGGCCAAAGUGGAGCCACCUAAAAAAGAGGGCACUGAGGAACCAGAUAUGUUUGUCUCUGUGAUAUAUUGUUCGGGCACAGACAGAUUAUGUGCAUGCACCAAAGGUGGAGAACUUCAUUUCCUUCAGAUUGGAGGAACCUGUGAUGACAUAGAUGAAGCUGAUAUACUUGUAGAUGGAUCCCUUUCCAAAGGUGUUGAACAGUCAUCUGAAGGCACCAAGCCCUUAUCUAACCCUUCUAGUCCUGGCAUUACAGGAGUUGAUCUGUUGGUGGACCAGCCGUUUUCCCUUGAAACGCUGACAUCCCUGGUGGAACUAACCCGUUUUGAGACCUUAACUCCACGGUUUUCAGCCACUGUGCCCCCGUGUUGGGUGGAAGUCCAGCAAGAGCAGCAGCAGAGGCGGCAUCCUCAGCAUUUGCACCAGCAGCACCACGGGGACGCAGCUCAGCAUACUCGCACUUGGAAGCUGCAGACAGACAGCAACAGCUGGGAUGAGCAUGUUUUUGAACUGGUUUUACCAAAAGCCUGUAUGGUUGGACACGUGGACUUCAAAUUUGUUUUGAAUUCAAACAUCACAAACAUUCCCCAGAUUCAAGUGACUUUACUGAAAAAUAAAGCUCCAGGCUUAGGGAAAGUCAAUGAAGCAGCAGUAGAUAGACAGAUCACGUUUCCUUUAUCUCCAGCUCAUAAUAUUGAAAUGGAGAGAAAUGGAAAGCCAGCACUGGUUGAAUUCAGUGAAGAAAUGCAGUAUAUGGAUAUAGAGGAACCACAAUGUCUUAGGUUGUGUCCAUUUCUAGAGGAGCAUAAAGAAGAUAUACUUUGUGGACCAGUAUGGCUGGCAACUGGACUUGAUCUCUCAGGACAUGCAGGAAUGUUGACGCUAACAAGUCCAAAGCUUGUUAAAGGCAUGGCUGGUGGCAAGUACCGUUCCUUCCUAAUUCAUGUUAAGGCAGUGAAUGACAGAGGAACAGAAGAAAUCUGCAAUGGUGGAAUGAGGCCAGUGGUUAGAAUACCAUCACUAAAACCUCAGAGUAACAAGGGCCAUUCACUUGCGUCGUUGUUGGCAAAAGUUGCAGCAGGCAAGGAAAAGCCAUCCAGUAAAAUUGAAGCCAGUAAUUCUUCAAGAAAAUCAGAUAAUCUUAGAGGCUGUGACUUACUUCAAGAAGUCUCCGUGACUAUUAGAAGAUUUAAAAAAACUUCUAUUUCAAAGGAAAGAGUUCAGCGGUGUGCCAUGUUGCAGUUCUCAGAGUUCCACGAGAAGCUGCUCACUACUCUUUGCAAAAAGACAGAUGAUGGUCUGACCACAGAACAUGCCCAGAGUCUUGUGUUAGACACACUUUGUUGGCUGGCAGGAGUGUAUUCAAAUGGACCUGGCAGCUCAAAGGAAGGCAAUGACAGCUUGCUUUCUAAAACACGUAAAUGUGUCUCUGAUAUUAUUCGUGUUUGCUUCUUUGAGGCUGGGCGGAGCAUAGCUCACAAAUGCGCACGUUUUCUUGCACUAUGUAUCAGCAAUGGCAGGUGUGACCCAAGUCAGCAGGGAUUUGGAUCUGUUCUUCUAAAAGCUUUACUUGACAAUAUGCCUCUCUUACCUGCUGCUGCAACGGGUGGAUCUGUCUACUGGUAUUUUGUAUUGCUGAAUUACGUAAAGGAUGAAGAUCUGGCAGGGUGUAGCACAGCCUGUGCAUCCUUGCUAACAGCUGUGUCCCGACAGCUACAGGAUCGGCUCACACCCAUGGAAGCAUUACUUCAAACAAG